AUGUGUGUUGGCUCACUAAGUGGCUCACUAAUCUUGCAUGCUUUGUGUUUUCGUGAUGCCCCUCCUCCCUCUCUCCCCCGCCUGCAGCUGUGCAAGUUGCUCAUGAUGUCCGCAACGCAGUCCCUGAGUGUGGAGAGCAUAGGGCAUGUGAGGAGGGAGCUUGGCCUCCCAGAGGACUUCAAAACGUCCUUCCUCCCGCGCUUCGCCGAUCGCUUCAGAGUAGCCACCCCUCCAGCAGCCCCUCCGGGUACCCCUGCUGCUGCUGCUGCUGGUGGGCCGGUGCUCGUGCUGCAGCAGUGGGACGAUCGCCUGGCACUGUCUGUAGCAGAGGCGAACGAAGCAGCAGCAAUGGCUCGGGAAGAGGCUCUGGACGAGGCUCGGAGAGAGGCUCGGGAAGAGGCACGGGAAGAGGGUGCAGCAGCAGCGGGAGGGAGGGCGCAGGGAGGGAUGGUGAGGAGAGAAGGUGUGGGAGGGGUGUUGGGGGAUGGGGAUAGGGGGAGGGGGAGGGGGGAGAGUGGAGAGGAGGAGGAGGAGAGGAGGAGGAGAAGAGAGGAGGAGGUGGAAGAAGAGGGGGAUGAGAAGGAGGAGGAGAAGGAGAAGGAGAAGGAGAAGGAUGAAGAGGAGGAGGUGGAGGCAGAGAAAGGGAAAGAGGAGAAGGAGGAGGAGAAGGAGGAGGAGGAGGGAGAGGGGAAAGAGGCGCCAUCCGAUUCCCCCCAACAAACCCAAGCCACCCAAGUAGCUCCUAUCACCCCACUCUCUCCAGGCAAUCAGCUCCCUCCCCCCAAGCCCUCCCUGACGCCUGAGCAGCUGGCAGAGGCAGCGAUCGGGUUGGGUCGGCACAAGGCAGAGACCAGCCGCAUGGCCUAUAUCACCGGGAAAACCAGUGCGGAGCAGGAGGAGAGAAGCAGUGGCGGCAGCGGUGGCAGCGGUGGCAGCAGCAGUCGGGAGGAGCGGUACAAGAAAGCCGUCCGGCUGAGCUUAAAGCUCAAUCUACCCCCGGGUCUGAAGCUGAAGCAAUCUGACCUGCUCAGGCUACAGAGGUUCCACGCAUCCCCUCCUAUCUCCCCUUAUGCAGACCCACUCGAGCUCGGAAUAUCUCCGGAAUCAAUGGAAGCGGAACGGCGGGCAGUUGCCGUGAUUCGGGAGUUUCUUUCGCUGACCGUGGAAAAGCGGUGCCUGAUCGACCAGCUGACGCACUUUCGGAAAGAUUUUCUUCUGCCCGCGAGGAUAUACGCGCUGCUGCUGCGGCAUCCGGAGGUUUUUUAUGUCUCGGUGAAAGGGGUGCGGGACUCGGUGUUUCUGCGGGAGGCUUAUGAAGGGGAGGUGCUUAUAAUGAGUGAUGAGCUGGCGGAUGCUAUAGAGGAGAUGAGAGUUCUUAUGGAGGAUGGGAGGAGGAGGAUGAGGAGGGGGAAGAAGCAGGUGGGGGUGGACAGGUGGGGGAGGGAGGAGAGUGGGAGUGUGGAAGGGGCUGGGUGGGUGCCUGUGGGGAGUGUUGCUGGGAAAGAGGGCGAGGGUGAUAAGAGAAGGGCCCGAGAGAAGGAUAGAGGGGAAGAUGGGGAGCAGGAGGGAAGGGGGGAGGGUAGAGAGGGAGAGGAGGGAGUGGAGGAAAACGAAGAGGUGAGAGGGCGUGUGGCAGAAGUGAGAGGAAAGGGAGAUGAGGUGAGGAGGGAGAGGGAAAGAGUGGGGGUGACAGGGGGCAAGGAGAAGGGGAAAGGGAAGGAGGCGUGGAGGAGCAAGGGCAUACACAGGCAGGGGUUGAUCAAAGACAGGUGGUGA